AGGAUUAUAGCUAUGCCAAGUCAGAUGUGUGGACUUUGGCUUUAUAUAUGAUAAAGAAAAGAUUACGACUUCUUGCCAUCUGCUGUUCCUUAAUCGCAUUACGAUUUCUUGUCUGCAGGGAACCCACUCUUUCUUUAUAUAUACAUUCAUAAAUAAACAUUCCUUUGAGAAGCCGUUGAAACGAUGAUGACUUUAAAGCGUAGGUUGUUCAACUACGUUACAGUGUCGAGAUACUCCUCGGCCUCGUUGCUUAAGGCCGGGGACAAGUUGAAACAAACAAGAAUCUUUUCCAGUCAAGAUCUUGUUGAGUAUUCGAAGAUUAGUUUUGAUGCAAACCCUUUGCAUCUAGAUACCGAUUUUGCAAGGAAUGCUGGAUUUAAAGAUAUACUAGUUCCUGGAAUGCUUGUUUCGUCUCUGUUUCCGAGAAUCAUUGCUUCUCAUUUUCCUGGAGCAGUAUAUGCCUCACAGACCUUGCACUUCAGAUUACCGGUUUAUAUGGAGGAAGAGAUUCUCGGUGAAGUUGAAGCUACGAGCAUAAGAGAAUUGAAGAAGAAAUACGUUGCUAAAUUCACAACCAAGUGCUUCAACAACGAUGGGGUUCUUGUUCUUGAUGGAGAAGCGAUGGCUGUCUUACCAACACUAUCUUUGACGCAAGCACAAGCAUGAAUCAAUCGGGGUGAUAAAGAGCUUCAUGUUUGUUUAAAGUUGAGAUGAAUCGCUUGUGUUGUGUAUGAAUAUUUAAUCUCUCAUCAAAGAGAACACGAUAUUUGUUCAAUAACAAGCCUAAAAAGAGUGUACAAAACCA